AUGGCUGCCUUCUGUAAAUAUUUUACAGUUUUUAUUGGAAAACACUCUCUUAACCCCUCCUUAUUGAAUUUCUAUGGUGUGCAACAAGUAAGACAUGCAAGGAGUGGAGUUGGAAACCAAUUGACAAUCUAUCCAAGAGAACCGAGAAAGUCACAAAGGAAAAAAGUUGACAGGUAUCCAUCAAAUGAAGCUAUGGAUGAAAAAUUGGUCGAGGACAUUAUGGAAUCUGAAUUUUCAGAAAGGAUUAUUAAUCUUCAUGAAAAUGAUCUGGAACCUUCAAAAUUUAAAGAACAGCUGAAAAGAGAUGCAAUAAGAAACAAAGAAAGAUUAAAAAUGCAGAUAAUAAAAAGGAAAUACUUCAAACCUGAGAAAGAAGACAAUGUACUAACUUGGAGAGCGAAAGAACAGAUACGAUAUUUACACGCAACUUCUCCAGAAGAAUGGUCAAUAUCUGUUCUAGCUGGAGUGUUCCCUGUUUCAAUUUACGGUGUAUCAAAAAUUCUCAAAUCCAAAUUCAUUGAGGUUUCCAAAAAUGAAAUUAAAAAACAUGACAGUCGAGUUGUUGAAAAAUGGAGAGAAUGGUCUCGAAAUGAUGUUGAUGAUGAUAGAUUGAGUAGAAUAAUGUGUGCAGCAGGAGUUCCAGACUUGCCCUUUAGACGAAAGCCUACCCCCAAAAAAUUGAAUCAUCCCACUCCUUUCUCAGAUAUUUUCAAGCGAGUUGUACAACCCGACAGACUUUUAGAAAGUGGUGAAAAACCUCAGAAAAGUGAAAAUACUGUCAAUGAUUUUGAAGUUUUAGCAUUUUAUCAAACAAUUCUUGAAGACUUGUUUCCGAAAAAUGAAGGAGGCAAAACAAAUGAAAAGGAAUAUGUGACACUGGAAUAUCAGAAAGAUGAUUCGUUCGAUAAAAUCAAAGUGCCUUCCAAUCAAAGAUCAGAAGGUCAAGUUUAUCAAAAAGGAAAAACUGUGUAUGAUGAGGAUGGAGAAUUUUUAUACAAAAUUCCAUAA